GGGAAAGUUCCAAAAAAAACUGGUUUUGUGUACCGUUCUCAAGUCACAGACAUGCAAUCCUCUUCUUCCCUUUACCUCAGCAAGUCCUUCUUCACCACACACCACCACCUUGGCUUCAACCACACCCUCUCUUCCACCCACAAUUCCCUUUCCUGUCUUUCCUCCACCCUCCUCAAGCCAUGUUCCACAAGGCUCAUAACAGCUCAGGCUCACAAGCCCAACAAUCACAAGAGGAAUGGUCCAAAAGGGGGUGUGAGGGUGAGGGGCAACAAGGAGAAUGUGUGGAGCAUUGACAAUGAGCUUGCCAAGGUGGCUUCUUCUCAGAAGGAGAAGAGGAGGAAGAGGAGAGUGGUGAAGAGGAAGGGGGAAAAGGGUGGAAGGAUCAUUGUUUCUGGGGCUAUGUUGGUGGAGGUUGAGACUGUUCUUCAGACUCAGGAACCGGUGAUAAAACCAGUUUGGAAUACAUUCGCUAGCAGUGUCAGUGGAAUAUGGAAGGGCGUAGGUGCUGUGUUCUCUCCCAUAACAGCUGAAAUGGAACCAAUGGAAAUAGGUAGCAAGAAUGAAAAUCUAUAUGACUGCUAUACUCUUUCCCGUAUAGAGGCAGUACCAUCAGUUUCAGGUGAUCGAACGUCUCAAAUCCAGAGAAAGGUUAACUGGGUGACUUUGAACCCUUAUGGAGAAAUACAACAGCAUACCAAAGGAAUCAAUGCAACCAAAGAAAGAAAGCACAAAACCGGCGAAAAUGUGACAAAUCAUGCUUUGCCUACGUUUGAAUCCUUUGACCUUAAAAGGGGUGAUGUAAUGGAAGAAGAUGUCAUGGGCUGUGAACCAGGCCUUGUUUACUUUGAAGAUGGGUCUUAUUCUCGAGGUCCUAUGGAUAUUCCAGUGGGUGAAUCCGAUGAUACAAAGUACUAUAUCUCACCAACUUUCAAGUUUGAACAAUGUUUGGUUAAAGGCUGUCACAAAAGAAUCCGAAUCGUCCAUACCAUAGAAUUCAGUAAUGGUGGUUCUGACAUACAGAUAAUGAGAGUCGCUGUGUAUGAAGAAGAAUGGUCCAGUCCUGCUUCCAUCGAUGACUUAAGUGAUAUAGAGUUGGAUGUGAAGCCAUUGUCACAAAGAAAACGAACCAAGCCAUCAGAUUUGACAGGGUCAUGGAAAGUCUUUGAGAUCAGUGCGACUCCGGUGUACGGCGAGGAGAGCAUGGCCGAAGAAGGUACCGAGACACCGUAUGUGUACCUUUGUACAGAAAAUCUGAAGAAAAGGAACCUCCCUGAGAACACGAACUACUUCGGCGAAGAGGAGCGGCUUGACAUGCAGGAUGUGACCAUGCUGUGGCUUCCUGGAGGUGUGACAUGCUAUGUUGACAUCAACAAGGAUGGCAUUCUUUGCAUUGGAGUUGGUUGGUAUUCAGAUGAAGGGAUCAAUCUUGUGAUGGAGAGAGACUAUGGUUUGGAUGGAAAGCUUAAAGAGGUGAGAUGGAAAUCAGAGGUGAAGAGAAGGUGGUCAAGUCCUCCUCCCAUUGAAUAAACUGUUAGAAUUAGAUGCUUGUAAACUUUUUGUUGCAUGAGAAAUACAAAGAAAAUUCAAUGGUGUAUACCUAAAUCUGAGUACAAUGAUGUUCAAGAGAAUGGAUUGCAUGUACAUUUUUACCAUUGUCAUUUUGGUCUAUUUUUCUGAUAA